AUGUCGUCGAGUUUGCAAGCGACUUACAAUCAAAAAAUAGAUUACGUGUUUAAAAUAGUAUUAAUAGGGGACUCAGCGGUUGGUAAAUCGCAGCUAUUGGCUCGAUUUGCUAGAAAUGAAUUCAAUUUGGAUUCCAAAGCAACGAUCGGUGUUGAGUUCCAAACCAAAACCCUUGUUGUUGAUCACAAAACUGUCAAAGCUCAGAUUUGGGACACUGCCGGUCAAGAAAGGUAUCGGGCUGUGACUAGUGCAUAUUACAGAGGUGCAGUGGGGGCAAUGCUGGUGUAUGACAUAACUAAACGUCAAUCAUUUGACCAUGUGGCCAAGUGGUUGGAGGAAUUGCGGGAUCAUGCAGAUAAUAAUAUUGUUAUUAUGCUUAUAGGCAACAAGUCAGACCUGGGAACACUUAAAGUCGUACCCACUGAGGAUGCCAAAGAAUUUGCUCAGAAAGAAAACCUCUUUUUUAUGGAGACAUCAGCCCUAGAGGCCACUAAUGUUGAAUCAGCUUUCCUAUCAGUGCUGACCGAAAUUUAUCGAGUCAUCAGCAAGAAGGCUCUCAUAGCGAAUGAUGAACAUGAAUCUGAGGGGAGUUCAUCACUUCUGAAGGGAACCAAGAUUGUUGUUCCUGGACAAGAGCCAGAAUCUGGAGGAAGGACUUCCAGUUGUUGCGGGACAUCAUAG